GCAUUUUGGUCUGGGCAUUUGGGAAAAACCUGUAAGAAAAUGAUUAGUUUUCAGACCUUGUAGGUUUCCAUCUGUGUGUGCUUGUGGCUGGUUUUUGAGGUAUGAUUCGUAUGAACAAACAAAAUAAAAGCAGUGAGAAAGAGAGUGACAGAAAGUUGUGGGAAAGAAAGAAAGGCAAAAACAGAGGAGAAAGGGGAAAGCCCAUAUUCUUUUGGGUUUAGUCCCAUACCAGGAAGUCACCUUAGGUGUGUGCAUAUCGUAUAUUUUCGGUUGGAAGGGAUGAGCUACAAUACCUCCAAUACUGGUUCUGGUAGUAGAACUCCUAGAAGGACGUUUGAGUUUGGAAGGACCCAUGUGGUCAGGCCCAAAGGGAACCACCAAGCGACUAUAGUUUGGCUACAUGGCCUUGGAGAUAAGGGCUCAAGCUGGUCCCAGCUUUUGGAAACCCUUCCUCUUCCAAAUAUUAAGUGGAUUUGUCCUACUGCCCCUUCUCGUCCUGUAGCAUUAUUUGGUGGAUUUCCUUGCACUGCCUGGUUUGACAUGGGGGACAUUUCAGAAGAUGCUCCUGAUGAUAUGGAGGGGUUAGAUGCCUCAGCAGCGCAUGUUGCAAAUCUUUUGUCAACAGAGCCUGCUGAUAUAAAACUCGGUGUUGGGGGCUUCAGUAUGGGUGCUGCAACUGCCCUCUACUCUGCCACGUGCCAUGUUUUAGGGCAAUAUGGGAAUGGAAAUCCAUACCCAGUUAACCUAAGUGCAAUCGUUGGUCUAAGUGGAUGGCUUCCAUGUUCAAGAACUUUGAGGAACCGGAUGGAAGCGUCGAAUGAGGCUGCAAGGCGUGCAGCAUCCUUGCCCACUUUGCUAUGUCAUGGCUUAGGCGAUGAUGUGGUCGCAUAUGGACAUGGAGAGAAAUCUGCACAGGUCUUAAGUUCAGCAGGAUUUCGAAAUCUAAUGUUUAGAACAUACAACGGGCUGGGGCACUAUACAAUCCCUGAAGAGACUGAUGAAGUUUGUACUUGGUUAACUGCAAGUUUGGGGCUAGAGGGAUCCCGAUCAUACUAGCGGAAAAGAUCAGUGAAUGGCAAGAUGACACGGGGAAUACAAAUGAGGAGAUUAUUAUAAAAGAUGAUUAGAAGAGGCAUACUAGAAUAGGUUGUGGUAUGGGGUAUACGUACGGUAGUGGCAUUUCUUAUAGCUUCUAUUGCCUUAUAAUCUCCCUUCUCCUUUUUGUUGCUUUCUUUUUCUUCAAAUAACGUCCUAGUCUCACUCUUGUAAUUGGGCGCUGGUUGCUAUGAGAUUUGUAUGGGCGCUCUCGGUUCGGGUGGGGUAUGGGAGCUAGAUAGAGUCUCUUUCUCCGCAUCCAUGAAAUUUUGUUGUUUUGAUAAUAAA